CAGUUUAUCAAAAUGAAGAAGAUCACUUUUCUGAUAUAAAUAAGUCCAAGAUUAGUUAGAAGCUAUAAAAGCUGUUUGUAUCAGGGAUCUUUUAUUGAUUUAGUUGGGUUUCUGAAAGUCAACCGAAAAGACCAUAAAAUGGUUAAAAUAAUAUUAGGAGCAUUGCUCUGUAGUUUGUUGAGUGCAUCAACGUUGGCUUCUUCAAAGUCAGAUUGGUGGGAAGACGCGUCAUUUUAUCAAAUCUAUCCCAGAUCAUGGAAGGACAGUGAUGGAAAUGGAAUCGGAGACUUAAAUGGAAUAACUGAGAAGCUUGAUUACCUCAAGGAAAUUGGAAUGACUGCAACAUGGCUUUCGCCAAUUUUCCAAUCUCCAAUGGCAGACAAUGGCUACGAUAUUUCGAACUUUACCAAUAUUGAUCCAAUAUUCGGAACUCUUGAGGAUUUUGAUGCUCUUUUAAAGAAAGCCAAAAGUAUUGGACUUAAGGUUAUUUUGGACUUUGUACCAAAUCACUCCAGUGACGAAUGUGAAUGGUUUCAAAAGUCUGUUAACCGUGAAGAUGGAUAUGAUGAUUUCUUUGUUUGGGCUGAUGGCAAGGAUGACCCGAUGAAUCCGGGCAAGAAGCUUCCACCAUCCAAUUGGAUCAGCAUAUUUAAUGGUUCCAUGUGGGAAUGGAAUGAAAAACGUCAACAAUUCUACUUGCACCAGUUCUAUAAAGAGCAACCUGACUUCAAUUUCCGCAAUCCAAAAGUCCAUACAGCAAUGUUGGAGGUCUUGAAAUUUUGGCUUGAUCUUGGUGUCGAUGGUUUCCGUAUCGAUGCAGUUCCCCAUAUGUACGAAAAGGUUUUCGAAAAUGGUACCUUUCCUGAUGAGCCACUCAGUGGCGGUACAAACGAUUCUACCAAUCAUAAUUACUUAAGACAUAUUUACUCACAAAAUCAAUAUGAAACUGUUGAAUUACUUUAUGAAUGGCGGGAAUUCUUGGAUAAUUACAAAAAACAAAAUGGAGGCGACACAAGGGUACUUUUGGCAGAAGCUUACGUAGGCCUCGACAGUAUCGAUCAAUUUUUUGGCAAUGGUACUAAUUUCGGCGCCCAUCUACCAUUCAACUUUGGCCUAUCAUCACUAAAUGACACAAGCAAUGCCCGAACUUUUGAGGGCUAUGUCAGCAACUGGAUGGAUCGAAUAUGGAAGAAACAUCAAAUGGCUAAUUGGGUGGUUGGCAAUCAUGACUUGAAAAGAAUUGGUACUCGUGCCGGUGAGAAUUUAAAAGAUUUAAUCAAUGUUGUCCUUGCUGCUCUUCCUGGGGCAACUAUUACAUAUAACGGAGAAGAAAUAGGAAUGGUCAAUAUAGAUUGCGAUUUACCAAUUUGUAGUGAUAAAAGAAUUUUGGGAAGGUCUCCAUUCCAAUGGAACGAUGGAAUUUCAGCAGGAUUUUCCACAUCACCAAACACCUGGUUACCAGUAGCUCGUAAUUAUAAGAAAGUCAAUGUGAAAUUUCAGCGUGGUGUUGCAAGUAGUACGUUGAAUGUCUUCAAACGCUCACAAAAACUCAAACACACAGCAGCGUUUAAGGAACUCAAGGAUGAGGGAGGUUUCAGUUAUGGGGCUUUGAAUGAUAACGUUUUUCAAAUUAUUCGUGGUAAUUCAACAGGAGAAUAUCGUGUUUUGGCAAAUUUUGGGAAUAGUCUUGAAAAUAUUGGUAAACAGUUUGCCAGUGAUUUGAAAGAUGAUAUGAAUAUAUUUGAAUAUGCUUUGGUAACAAGUCGUUCUCCCCACAGAAUUGGUGAAAGGGUAAAACUAAACGAAGUCUUCAUGGUGCCUUAUGAAGCAGUUGUUUUAAAGAAGAUUACAACUUAAAAAAUAAAAACAAUAAACUAACAAAUAAAAUACUAAAAACAUCG